AUGAAAUUUUCCAUCAAUACCGAAGAUUUCUCCUCGAAAUUUGAUGUAUUUGAUAGUGAAGGGCUGAAGAGAUAUCUUGUGAAAAAUGAAAUGGAAUCUCUUGGAAGAAAAUUCACUAUAUUCGACUUAGCCGAUGAUGUUGUCUGUACAGUCGAGAAGCAAUUCUUCACUCUGCGUCCGACAUAUGUUGUUCAUAACAAACAUCAUCAACCAGUGAUGAAUAUACGUAAGAAAUUCAAUUUACUACGUCCACAAUUCACGAUCUCGUCGGAAGUUGAAGAAGUCAAAUUUCACACGGUGGGCGAUUAUUUUGGUGCAAAUUUUUCGAUCACAAGUAAAGACGAAAAAGAGAUUAUUGCGAAAGUCACACGAAAGAAUGGAUAUACCAUCGAAAUACUCGAUACCGAACAUGAUGCUCCAGCUUUAAUUGCUAUUGUGAUUAUUAUUCAUUUGUGCUGCUAUUAUACGAAAGACGAAUAA